AGGAGCUAGCACAGGAAUAGUGAAGUAGUGAGAAUUGGAGGGUGCAGUGUUUCACUGCCUCCUCGCAUAUAUAAAAACUGAAGGGGACGGCAGCAGGAGGGACAAGACAAGCCCACUCGGCUGCUCCCCCGCUGUCCCUGAUACGCAGUUGAUUCCCACGGCAUUCCCAUCCGGACAAAGGGACAACACCGUCAGCAGAAUUCCGUGCGUGCGUGCUGUCGAAAGUGUGUGUAUAUAUAAAUGAUGAUGCACAACAGGGGCAGCCAUUAGGAAACGAAGAUCAGUAGAGACAAGAGGGGCGAAAGCAAGGAGGGAGGAAGAAGAUGCUGGCCUGCAUUGCUUGCGCGAAGCACGACCCGGACGGCGGCGGAGAGGACGGCGACGGGCGUCGUGCCGGCAAAGAAGCCGUCAAGAGCCUCUCGUCGCAGAUAAAGGACAUGGUGUUGAAGAUUUCCGGCGCGACGCGUCAGGGCAAAGGGAGCGGAAGCUCCUCGCUCUCUUCUACAUCGUUCAGGAGCAAGAGCUUCCGCGGGGAUCCUCGCCGUCGGCAGCGGCAGCACGGUUCCUAUACUUACGAGGACGCUGCCCACUACGCGGCGUGGGAUUUGACGAAGGAGGAGGGCGUGGUGCUGGAGGACGACGGCGAGUCAAAGGAGUGGGUGGCCCAGGUGGAACCCGGAGUGCACAUAACCUUCGCGUCGCUCCCCGGCGGCGCCGGCAACGAUCUCAAGCGGAUUCGAUUCAGUCGGGAGAUGUUUAACAAGUGGCAAGCACAGAGAUGGUGGGGGGAGAACUACGACAGGAUCAUGGAGCUGUACAAUGUGCAACGCUACAACCGCCAGGCUCUCCAGACUCCGGCGAGAUCUGACGACGGCGAGGGAGAAUCCUCAUGGUCGAGGGUUGGCUCGACAAAGGAGAGCCCCAUUGCACCGCCGCUCGCAACAGAGAGGCAACUCAUUAGAGAGACCAACAAACAGCCCUCUGCGGGCGCCGGCGAAGGGUCUUCCGGUGUCAAGGCUGAGGCCACCACCCCAUCGAGAGAUGAGGCGUCCAUCUCCGCCAGCAAUGCUGGCGACCUCGAGAUAGCGGAGUGGGUGGAGCAAGAUGAACCCGGCGUGUACAUCACCAUCCGGGAGCUAGCCGACGGCGCCCGGGAGCUCCGGCGAGUGCGAUUCAGCCGAGAGAAGUUUGGGGAGGUAGACGCCAAGCUGUGGUGGGAGGCUAACAGAGAUAGAAUCCAAGCACAGUACUUGUAGACAGUAGACCUCUACGUACGCACUGCAUGAACAAAACUCCUGUAUACUCCUAACAACUGCAAUUUAGAAAAGAAAAACUAACUGGGAAAUUGUGGGUCUUAAUUUGUAAAAGUAGUUUCAUCCUAUCAAUGUCAU